ACAAAUCUCGAGACACAUCCACACGCUCAUACACAGACAGAGAAGAGACAGACAACCAACCAAUAAACCAGCCAUAAUAUCUCUGCUCUACACAGCUAGCUAGUUGUCCGGCAUUGGAUCCGAGGUUCAGCCACAGGAUGGAUAUGGGUCGCCGGACACUGUCUCCGGAUGGGGCUUUGCUGCUGUCCAUCGUUGUCCUUGUAUUGGCUCUUGAGGGGAGCAGCCAAUGGGGGAUUGAGGCGGCGGCCGAGGUCCGAAGCAGCACGAGCAGGAGGAGGAGCAGAAGGACAAUAGGGGCAACGUGCGACGUGUUCGAGGGGAGGUGGGUGAUGGAACCGUCGUAUCCGCUGUACAACGCGUCCGAGAGCUGUCCCUUCAUAGAGAGAGAGUUCAGCUGCCUCCGCAACGGCCGCCCUGACCUCCUCUACACCCACUACCGCUGGCAACCCCUCAAUUGCAACCUGGCCAGAUUCGACGGGCAGGCGUUUCUGGAGAGGCUGCGGGGAAAGACCGUAAUGUUCGUCGGAGAUUCCCUGAGCCGAAACCAGUGGCAAUCGCUGACAUGCAUGAUUCACUCCUCCGUCCCUAAUGCCAAAUACAAUGUCACCCGACAAGACGAUGUAUCAACGUUUGCCUUCACGGAUUAUGGAGUAAAGAUUAUGCUGGACCGAAACGUGUUCCUAGUUGAUGUGGUAAAAGAAGACAUUGGGAGGGUCCUGAAAUUGGAUUCAAUCCUCGGAGGCAAGCUCUGGAAGGACUUAGACAUGCUCAUCUUCAACACUUGGCACUGGUGGAACCGCCAGGGACCGACUCAACCGUGGGAUUAUAUUGAGGUAGGGAAGAAGCUAUACAAAGACAUGGACAGGAUGGCUGCCUUUGAGAUGGCACUCAAGACAUGGGGUGGCUGGGUUGACUCCAACGUUGACCCUUCCAAGUCAACCGUCUUCUUUCAAGGGAUCUCUCCUUCUCAUUACAAUGGCACUCUGUGGGGCGAACCAAAGGCGAAGAGAUGUGUGGGACAGAAGGAGCCCUUGCUCGGGUCGACUUAUCCGGGGGGUUUGCCACCGGCGGUGGGAGUCCUGAAGUCUGUGCUGAAGAACAUCACAAAGCCCGUGACGUUGCUUGACAUAACGAAUCUCUCGCUUCUAAGGAAAGACGGACAUCCUUCGAUCUACGGGCUCAGCGGGAGAACGGGGACGGACUGCAUCCACUGGUGCUUAGCGGGCGUUCCGGAUACUUGGAACGAAAUUCUUUACAAUCUCAUUCUUUGACCAAUUGAUCAUUAUUGUCGACAUUGUUAUUGUUAUUGGGGAAAAUAUAUUUGUUCUGUGCGUAAUAAAGAUAUUCAUGAAAAUAUUUCACCCGUUACUAUA